AUGUGUCAUGUCGCAGCGCCAGCUUACAACCACCUUCCUUCUCCUCCUUUGAGUCCACUUGGGUUUGGCCAGAACUACACGAUCCCCACGUCCGGUAUUCCAGGUCCCUUCCGUGUCCCCCCGUCCCCUCCUCCGUCGCCGCCUCCAGCCUUGCCUAGAUAUGUCCCAGUCUCCCCUGAGGAUAGGUUAGGAAGUUGCCUGGCGGGCUCGCUAAGGCUGGACGGGAUCCUGGGCACAGGUGCCUAUGGAGUCGUCUACUCGGCCGUCGACAUUUACACCAAUGUCCGCUAUGCCGUGAAGACACUCAGCAAGUUCAAUGCCGAUGGGACACCCUUGGAUCAACGACAAAUGGCUUUCCAGACCAGGGAAAUCCGUUUGCACUGGGACGCUUCCGCCCAUCGGAAUGUCGUGUCCAUGUUGAAGAUCAUCGACGGUCCCGACUGCAUCUUUGUCAUUUUGGAGUACUGCCCUGAAGGUGAUCUCUUCUACAAUAUUACAGAAUGCGGGCAGUAUGUUGGUAAGGAUGACUUGGCCAAGCGGAUUUUCCUUCAGAUCCUGGAUGCUGUAGAGUUCUGCCACAGCCGUGGAAUUUACCAUCGGGACCUGAAGCCGGAGAACGUCCUCGUCAAAGACCAAGGAGAGACCGUGAAACUAGCAGACUUCGGCCUGGCCACUUCUUCUGAACGUUCCGACGACUAUGGUUGUGGUUCGACUUUCUAUAUGUCACCAGAAUGCUUGGACCAUUCAUCCAGGAGGCCCUUCUACUAUUGCGCCCCAAAUGAUGUCUGGAGCCUAGGAGUCAUACUGGUGAACCUCACCUGUGGACGGAACCCAUGGAAGCAAGCCUCUGUUGAGGAUUCCACGUACCGGGCCUUCACCCGGAGCGCCGGAUUUCUCAAGACCAUACUGCCGGUGUCAGAUGAACUGAACGACAUCCUUGGAAGUAUUUUCACUCGCGACCCAGAGCAAAGGAUCACGCUGCCCGCGUUGAAGCAAAGGAUUCUGGCCUGUUCGAGGUUUACGCACACUGAGCAGCCAGCUCUGCCAACACCGCCAUGCUCUCCACACGCUCACGAGGAAUGCAUCACCGAAGCUCUGGACUUCGACUACCCUCCCUCCCCCGCCAUUUCUAGUGAUGAAUACUCCGAUGGGGAUUCAUCUGAUGAUGACUCCAUGGACGACGCAACUUCAGAUGAUGACUCCGUGGAUGGACUCGACAAUGAGGAUCGACCUGACUGUUUAGUGGACCCAGAUAUCCCGGUGCCCACUCAAUCGCUGGCCAGUUUCCCGCCUGCCGAACCAAGGAUGAUGAAUUGUGGUCCACAGUACAACGUCUACUCCGGACUCAUGCCCGAACCCUCCCAGCCAGCACAGCAGCCACUGCCACCAGCCUCUCAAGGAAGUUGCGCCCCCAAGUUUGGAUUUCCACAGUUUUGGGACAUUUUCAGGCAGUACGCCCCUCCGCCGCCUCAAAUACAUCAUUCCCUGCACUUCUAUCCCCAGGUUUCUUUUCCUGUACCAGGCUUUUAA